AAUUAUUUUUUAUAAGUACUUAAAAAGUUUAGUUUGCAAGGUUUUAAGGAAUACUUAGAACAAACAGUAGAAAGUUUUCUGGCUUUUAAGAUCUAUGUACGUGUUUAUUUAAGUUAUCUUAUUACAACCAUCAAACGACCAAGAUUUUUUUUAUAGUUAGCUUUUUUUUUAUGGAUUGAGCUGAAAGACAUCUAAGAUAAAAAUACACUUCGCUGUACAAUGAAGCUGGCAGAAAGACAAUCCGAGCCGUGAGUCACAUAUAAACAAGAAACAAAAGCAUUGAUUGCGAGUAGGUCUAACAACAUUCUACAGUAGGGCAGCCGAGUCGAUAGAAUCGUGAGCAACUGGUGGUAGGAUGUUGAUAUUUAAUCAGCUUGUGACAUUAGGAUUCUAGCAAUAUACGAGUGUCACAGAGAGGAAUAGAGUUUCCCUUUUUUACCUCGGUCUCCAUUAUUCAUGUCGCUCUGAGCGACGCUGUACUGCAGGCAGACGUAUAGAGUUAUUAUUUACUAUUAUGUAGAUAAGAGCUUGUACGCUGUGCACAAGUUAUAUUAUAUUUAUCCAUAAAAAUUCAAUUCCAUCAUGUCCAGCACCAAACAAGACCAGGCCUAAACCAUGUAUCAAGCAGGUCUGCAGGUCCAGUUCAUAAACCGCCUGAAGCGGAAACGCCGGAUGAGAUUAGAGGCCAAUGCGGCAGCCGUUGCAGCAACGGUUAACGCUCCGGUGGACAUCCCUUUGAAUGCCGCCAAAGGUGCGAAAGGGCGCCGGAAGCCUGGCUCCACGAGGUACAGUUUCAUGUCCAGCGUGUCCCAGGACUCUGAGGGAUCCAGACCAACGUUUCUGGAUGUUGAGGGAGAGUUCCUGCACGCCGCUGAGUUUGGCGACAUCCCAAACGUGAAGAGAAUUCUAAACGACUAUAUGGAUUUGAAUAUAGAUUGUAUUGAUGCCUUGGGAAGAACCGCACUACGACUGGCUGUUAAGAAUGAACAUCUGGAGGUUGUGGAAGUUCUCUUGGAGAAAUCAAACCAGCAUCACAUCUACGAGGCAGUGUUACAAGCCAUCAGUGCCGGGCAUACACAGAUUGCUGAGACUAUACUUAAACACAGAAGGUAUCUGGAGAUGUGGAAAGAGAGACGGAAACUGGGAGACACAGAUGGCUUUUACAAAACAGCUCUUCCAGACUCGCAGUUCUCACCAGAUAUAACUCCUUUGAUACUGGCCUCACAGAAGAAUCAAUAUGAAAUUGUUCAACUUUUGUUACUACGAGGUGAAACAAUCAUGAAGCCUCACAAAUUUAGCUGUGCUUGUCAGGAAUGUAGAAACAAAAUGAAAUUUGACCAGCUUCGUCUGGCCAAGUACAGACUUAAUGCUUACAAAGGACUUGCCAGUGAGGCUUACAUUUCAUUGUCUAGUAAAGAUCCAAUUUUGACUGCCUUUGAACUGGCUGCUGAACUUAGAAGAUUGUCAAGAGUGGAAAAACAUUUUAAGCGUGAGUACAGAGACUUGGCUGAUCAACUGAGUGACUAUGUGGUCAAACUACUGGACAGAAUCAGGACUCAGAAAGAACUGGAACUGGUUCUCAACAAAACGGGAAAACCUCACCAGGAGAAAUUUGCCAGUUUAGCAAGAUUCAAACUAGCUUUGAACUACAAGGAGAAAAAGUUUAUUGCGCACCCAAGUUGUCAACAAAGAGUUGUCCGCAUAUGGUACAACGGUAUGGGGAAGCUGGAGAGGGCAAAAUGGCCGAAGCGUCUGACCAUGAUAGCAUUGUUUUCUUGUGCAUACCCUUUCUUAAUAUUUCUUCAUGUAUUUUUCCCGAACACAAAGGGAGCAAAGAUUCUUCAGUUUCCAGUCUUGAAGUUUGUGUGUAACGCCAUGUCUUUUUUUACAUUUCUUCUUCUUAUUGUGGUUUCCACCAUCGAAUCUUCCCAAAGUGUCAGCAAGUACCGGACACUGCACUCAGAAUACCCGGACAAACAUCACGUGUAUAGUCUAUUCCGUAACAAAACUGACAACACUGUCUUCGGAGAUGAUUUCCCACUACGACCAAGUUUCCCAAGUGUGACGGAAAUGUUAAUGAGUCUGUGGAUCAUUGGCAUGGUGUGCCAAGAAUGUAACCAGUUGUUUCAUAAUGGGAUAAUGCAGCACAUCUUGAGCUUCUACAACCUUCUGGACGUAGUGCUUCUCACAGUGUACAUUGCCACAUUCACGCUCAGGUUUUGGACUAUGUACAAGUUUCACGCUGCUUUGGCCUUCCUAUCCAAUCCAGCCAACAUAGCGCAGGAGUUGAAAAUGUUGGAGCAUCUUUACUGGCUCAAUACAGAUCGCAUAUUUUGGAGCCCGACUGACCCAAUCAAUUUAAUUGAGGGCUCGUUCGCUAUUGCCAACAUUCUGAGUGUGGGUCGCAUUUCUUACCUUCUGCCAGCCAAUGAAAUACUUGGACCACUUCAAAUUUCUCUUGGAAGAAUGUUGAAGGACAUCGCAAAGUUUGGCGUAUUGUUUCUCCUGGUGAUUUUCGCGUUCAUGGUUGGUCUCCAUAACCUUUACUGGUACUACAGUGAGCGGAAUGAUAUUGAGUUGGCGUUUCCAGAUAGACCAGUGGUAGCCACUGUGAAUGCUGAGGUCAACUUUGGAGGUGUAAUGGCAACAUUCAGAACAGUCUUUUGGGCUAUGUUUGGGCGAGGAGAACCGGAAGCUGUGCUACUUGGUGGCUACAAUAACACGUUUACCUCGGAUAUAGGCUACUUCAUCUAUGGCGCCUACAACAUCUCCAUGGUUACUGUGUUGCUCAACAUGCUGAUCGCCAUGAUGACCAGAUCUUUUACAUUGAUUGCGGAAGAUUCAGACAGAGAAUGGAAAUUCUCUCGAAGUCUACUAUACAUGGAUUACAUUAGCAAUGGAGGCACUCUGCCAGCGCCACUUAACAUUCUCGGGGCACCAAAGGCUCUGUUUAAAGUGUUGUUUUGUGGCUGCUGUUGCUGUGGGGAAGCCCAUUCUGAUUCUGAGGACCAGGAAGACGAUGCAGACGAAGCAGACUCCCCAAUGUAUUCAGCCAGGAAUGGGCGCGUGCAGAAUGGGAAAAGUAUGUCACGUUCGCAUCUUGCCAAGCAGAUGUCUAUCGAUGGACCAACAGGGGCAGCAUAUCCAGGGGAUUUUUCGCCGCAUCCCGACUCUAAUGGUAUCGUGAACGAAGCCUACGAUGGUACGCCCAAGAGGAAAAGUACACGUAGAAACCCAGCCACAAUUGUGUCUGUGGAAGCCAUGGAGGAGCAGCUGACUUACCAGCAAACAAUGCAGAGGAUAGUUCAAAGAUAUAUAUUUGAUAUACAACGAGAAGCAGAGGUCACGGAAGAUGACUUUGAAGAGAUCAAGCAGGACUUGUCCAGCUUCAGGUAUGACCUCAUCAACCAAAUGUCUAACAAAAAUGUCGUGGAGGAAGAACUCAAAUCCCACAUGGCAACAGUGAUGGCGCAAUUACAGGUGUUAAAGGAAGAACUUUCUCGAAGGCGGGGCCAAGACAGUGGAGAGACUAGAACAGGGAGACCCUUCAGCAACAUGGCCGACUCAGUGAUAAACGAAGAUCCAGAAGAGACGUCCAGUGACAACAGUUAAACAAGGAGACAACCAGUGCUGACAUACUCUCCUGACAUUACUAUCGUAAUUCUCAAAUAAUUCUCCAAUGCAGCAAGAACUUGACCGAGCCUUUGCGUUGCGAAACGCUAAGACCACAUGCAACUACAAAAACUUUCUUUGACUAUUUCUUGUUCUAUUUACUCUGUUCACUCUUCUAUUUUAAAACACACUUUGUUGUGUACAGAGUUUGAUAGUGCCUUUUGGUUUGACUCGUAUUAACUCUUUAACCACCAGCAGCUUUUAAUUUAAAAAUAAACAGGCGAAGUCUGAAUAUUCCUUUUAAAUUGGUGUGGGGAUAUAAGAGUUAAUGUUGGGUAACGGAUUGGCUUAGUCUUUCUAGUGUCUCGUUAGCCGAACACACAUUCAUUAUCAGUAAGAAAAUUUCCAUGUAUACACAGAUAGUCUGCGAUACUGAGGAAUAAAGCAAGAUGGCAAAACAUUAUUAUUGGUAGUUGGCAACAUCAACUAAUAGUUUGAAGAAAAUACAAACAAAAACUGUCUUUGCGUUUCUCUAUUUUCGUUAAGUAAUACCUUGAACAUAAAGAAUACCGUAAGGCUAUUGGUAGAUAUUGGACUUAAUAAGAAAAUAAAAUAAUUUAUACAACUGUAGACUGAAACAGUAGACUCAUUUAUAUCAAAUAAGUACAUCAUUAAUCUGCUCUGUCAAGCCACAGUUUAAAAAAAAAGCACUUUCUAUUUUAUUAAAACAUUCGUUUUAUUUCUUAGCAUAGCUUGGUGAAUAGCAUAAGUAACCUUCACCUUGUAAUGGCUAGGUGCUAGAAUUUGUUUCGACGAAGAAGUUUCACGUUAGAUGAAUAUAUCAACGUGUUAGCUCAUAUUGAAAGUUCUACAAUAUCUUACCUAGACAAAGAAGUUUUAGAACAGUUCAUACAAUAAUAUUGCAGUAGCGACUCUACACUUUAUCAAAUUACAGUUAGAUCUGUUUCACACUAACAUUUGCGAUUGUAUAUUGUCUAAUUACCAAGAGAUCUAACAAGAGAUCUGUUUUUUUAACAAGGCUUCUGAUGUUACGACUUCACAAACAUAGUUAAACUAUCAAUGAAUCUGUUUCAUAUUUGAUGAACCUUGUUGUUUUCUUGCAUUAUGUGAUACAUUAUUUGACUUUCGUAAACUCUUUGUAAAUUGUAACUAUUCCGCAUGUUGCAAACUUUAUUGUAAUUUUAAAUACUUAUUUAAUAACUUAUGAUAAACUUGGAAGUUGGUAAUCUUUAUCUUUAGCUUCUGAUUUCCCUUUUUGAAGUUUCAGUGUUUCUAGGUGUUGGACUAUCUGGGGCGUUUCUAGCAGACAAAAUAUAUCCACCAGUUUUUAAAGAUCUGGAAAGCUGUGAAUGUAUAGAAACAAAAAUGUCGAACUAAUCUUGCCAUUCUUUGUUACCUUUGUUAUUCUUUAUUAUUAAUUUUUUCUACCAUUUGUAUUCCUACUAUGACGCGCUCAAUGAUAAGAAAAGAGUUUUACUGCAUUUAUCUACAUACUUUUCUUUAACAUAUUAAAUAUUGAUAUGUAUGUAUUGCAUGGUACAGUUAUCCCCGCUACCGUAUUUAAAUAGACGAUUCGAAGUUCGCUAGAACAUAAUGGCUGACGAACUGCCCAUGAGCCGAAUCUAGAACUUUGUAAGCAGAUAUUUCCCCAGUAUAUUGAAUCAAUAAAUUUAUCCAAUAUUUGUUUGUUGAUUGAUUUAAAUAAUCUACAAUCACUGACACUGUCUAACAAAGUAUUUCUUUUUCAGAAAACAGAAAUAAAAUCUUCAACUGAUGUUGUUAAUAAAACAAUCUGGAUCUCAGUGGCGAAGAUACGGUUGAGAGGGGGAGGUCCACAUUUGAAAAUUCUCCCCAUGUCCCCACCUGAGCACCCCCAAAUGUGUCCGAAAAUAUUUCACAUUAAAUAUUAAGCCAAUGCCAUGUUAUCUUGCUAUUCGUGGUGUCAUGUAAAUUAGUGUUGCAUGUAUUCCACAAACUUAUAUAUUUAUUAAGUACAUUAUCACAUGUUAAUAUGUCGAAUUUCAAAAUAAAGGAGUCCCUAAAGAGGCUAAGCCCCCCGGGCCCCAAAAGCCCUUGCUACGCCACUGCUGGACCGGUGCAAAAAAAAUAAUAAAAUUGCAGAAAAAUUAUAAAGGUUAACUAUAAAAGAAUCGCUUUUUCUAUUCAAUAAAUUCUUUAAUUGUUUUGUUUGUUUGACAAGCUUCAGGACGUGCCUUCAGGACUAAAGAUUAUCAUGUCCCCAGACGUCCUGCAGGACUAAAGAUUAUCAUGUCCCCAGACGUCCUGCAGGACUAAAGAUUAUCAUGUCCCCAGACGUCCUGCAGGACUAAUGAUUAUCAUGUCCCCAGACGUCCUGCAGGACUAAUGAUUAUCAUGUACCCAGACGUCCUGCGGGACUGUGCAUGGUGGUGGUGGGAAGGGUUUAAAGCUUGUACUAUUGAGACGUCAGUCCGGAGCUCCAACCACACGACCAAAAGUUUCCCAACUCUUGUUCGGUCUCUCGUUACCAACGUUAUCCCUGACAGUCUUAUAAUCCUCUUCCUCUUUUCUAGCUCUCCUUUGCCCCAACCUGACAUUGUUAGAUCUGGUCAUUCUUUUGUCUCGGCCUGUAAAUCAAUGACUUAAAUUCUGCCAAGUCAUUGGUUUUCCUGGCUGACUUAGGCAACCCAUUCGAUGCUCUAAUAGCACUAUGAAAGAAGGAGCAUUUGUACACAUUUGUCCAGGCAUAUGGAACAUGAGUU